GCGCAUUGAGAUUGGUCAACGCGUUGCAAACACUUGGAGGCGCACUAUUGUGAAACGACCGUAUUGUUUGACAGCAUCACAUAAUUGAUUGACAACUUCACACAAUGGGCAAACAACAUUUAUCCCGUUACAUCAUAAAUUGGUACAUUUGGCGUUCCAUAACUGACCGUCAUGCGUGGGAUUCUCCUAGGCUGGAUGCAUUGCUGUCCCCGUAAACAGCUUUUCGUCAAGGGUGAAAUGGUCCUGCACUCGUUGAUGGUGGAACUUCAACGCUGCAAUCGGAAAAGCCUCCAUCCCUUCAGUAGCUGAGACAUCACAUUUCUUUGUACAUUGUGCAUGUAACCGUGGAGGUAGGAACCGCCAUGAUGUGACUGUGAAAGCCCCUGUGCUCCAGGAACGGUGAGGCAUUUGCCGGCAGGCGAGGCGGUUACUCCAAGCGCUGAGUGCAGCUCUGCGCAUCAUUGUUCUUUCGCCUGCAUGCAGUCUGUUCAGUUGCACCACAUCAAUUCUAAUCGCAAGAGUUUCUCACUUAGAAACGACGUCAAGUCCCUACAUUUCACAAUGGCGUCAGAUCUACGGUUGAUGAGCUUAACAAGGGACGACGCUGCUCGCUGGUACCGGGUGGCUAUGGACAGCGGGUACGAAGGCACCUAUCCCUACGUCUGGCUGAGGGACAACUGCCGCUGUUCGGAAUGCUUCAGUCCACCCUCCUUGCAGAGGAUGUCCAAAAUGUCUGACUUGGAUCCAGAAGUGAUGCCUUUAUCCGAGGAGCUCUUGGAUGAGGGCAGCAAGUUGCGGGUCACCUGGCCGGACCAGCACCGCAGCGAGUUUGACGCCGCUUGGUUGAACCGCCAGCGGUUCUCCGAAAUGCAGCAAGACACAGUGAGCUGUCCGAUCAGGAAGUCAUGGGGAGCUGAACUGAACGGCAGGAUCCCGGCCUUUGACUUCCAGAAACUUCUCCAAGACGACCUGGAGCUGUACAACUGGCUGGACGUCUUGAACACCAAGGGCUUGGCCUUGGUGAAAGGGGCACCGACUGAAAAGGGACCAAGCCGGCAACUUGCAGAGAGGGUCGCCUUCCUGAAAAGAACUUUCUAUGGUGAAGUUUUCGAAAUUCUCCGUAAACAAGAUGCUAGCAACAUUGCCUAUGCGCCAACUGAACUGGGUCUACAUGUUGAUCAAUUGUACCUUUACCACCUGCCUGGCGUUCAGAUGUUGCACUGCAUCGAGAGGACCAACAUUGCAGGUGGUGAGAACCAGUUUGUGGAUGGUCUUCACGUGGCCCAACAAAUCCGGACCGAAUUCCCGGCAGCCUAUCAACUCCUCACCACCCAGGAAAUCGACUUCCGUGGCGGUGGCACGACAGAAAGCGGAAACGCAUUUCAUUUGAAGAGCUCGUUACCAACAAUAAAGUUGGAUAGGUACGGUGAGUUUCAGAGUAUCCAUUUCUGUGACGUCACGAGGGCGCCCUAUCUGCCGCGAGUCCCGGUCGCACAAGUCACGGAGCUGUACCGAGCCUUGAAGCUGCUGUAUGAGAUCAUGUAUCGCCCGGAGAACCUAGUGCGCCAUCAGCUGGCCGGAGGAGAGAUGGUCACUUUCAACAAUGUUCGCGUGCUUCACGCCCGCAAAGCCUACACCUUCACGGGCGAAGGAAGCCGCCACCUUGAAGGCGGCUACAUCGGUUGGGACGAGGUUCACUCGCGCAUGCGCGUUCUUCACGAGAAAAUCUUUGGUGACGUACGCCUAUAAGUGGGAUGGAUCUUGAAGACUGAAGAAUCACCAGUGCUCACAGGCGGUGCUAUAGAGGCUUUGCGUGGUAGCCAUCUUGCAGGGCAGUUCUUUUGUUCCACAGCGAAACCUCCUUUGUGCAUACCCUGUGGAACAAAAGCACUGGCCUUCAAGAUGGCAGCCAUGCAAACCCUCUAUAGCCACGAAUCCCUCUACUCCUUACCCAAAAUUUUUUGACUCAACAUUUAUUUUAAUAUUGCAAUGUAUACAUCAAACUAUACACAAGGUCAAUAAAUGAAAGAUUUUUGACAAGAGUGAAAACUAAAUAAGAGACUGAAAUAAAAGGGGGCAAAAACGGAGGCAUAAUCAGAAGACAAAGUCUUAUACAGAAAUGCUUCAUUUAGACCAAAAAGAAGGACCAGAGAAGGAAGACUGACAACAUAUUAUACAUAAAAGCACAACAAUCACCGUACAAUACAGUAAAAAAAAAGGACAAAAACAAAACAAAGACGAACCAACAGACUUAGAUGUAACAAAGACUGGAAUUCAAAUGCUAGAAACAACGGAAGAACAAAAGGGCCAUUAGAAUGAUAAAAAAGAAGGAGCUACCUCAUAAUCAGAAACGAGGUGUUUUUUGUAGUUGCUCUCUAAGCAUCCCACAGGGCUAUUUUUCAUUCUAAAUUCAGAGUGAUUUUCACUCUAAAACAUCUUGUCCCUAAUUUCACUCUUUCCGAUUUCGAAAGUACAAUAUGGAACUCUGAGCUUCGUCUUACUAACUUUGAAUUCUGCAUGAAAAUAUUCCAUCAAUUUGAAAAUGUUCCUCAGGAAGAUGUACUUCCCAGGGAAGUUCAACAGCCAUGCUAAGGAUUUAAUUACGCAAUAAUUAAUUAUUAAUAUGGCCUGACCUAACGAUGCGCAAUCAUUUUGGAAGUGGAAGUUGUACCUAAAAGUCAGAAAUGAACGAUUUAAAUGCAUUGUGUUCAGUUAAGACUCAUCAUUGCUAAACGUAGAGGUUAUACAAGAAAAGAACAACCUUAUAUUUUGAAGUUGAGGAGAAACUCACUUGGCUGUGAGAGAACAAAGAUUUUCAGUCCUGUUCCGAAUUUCUAAAUGGGAGUCGAGGUGGAGCUCAUGUACAUGCAACAAUUGCUAUUUCAGUAAUAUCGAAAAAAAAGUCAAUCGUACUCAUUAACAUAAGUAAAACUUACCUAGCUAAUAAGUCAUAAAAUAGACCAUAAGUAUUUUGCACAGUUGUACCUAGACUUGUGGUUACACUGCGUUCAUUGGUGGAAAUUUAGAACAUUUGGAGGAGUUGAUCUUUUUGUACAGAUUUGUAUAAGUACUUCUGAACUUUUGUUUGCUAUUUGCACAUUUCAUUAUUUUAAGGGAAAUCUCAAAUUAAAACAGAUGUGUUCUUUGUGGAUCGAAA